AUGUCUGAGCCAAUCCCAGAGUCUAUUCCUACUAGCCAGGACCCCCGGAGCAAACGUCCCACCAAACGCCGAGCUCUCACCCCCCUCUCAGAGCAAGCAAAUGAAAUAAAAACCCUCUUUAAGGAUCCCUCAAAGGAGAUCCGGAUACCGGAGCCAUCGAAAGCAAGAACCCUUGCGCCGCCCCCGGAGAUUAUCGCAAAUGUUCAAGGAUCGUCUGCUGGAGCGGGAUCGGGGGAGUUCCACGUCUAUAAAGCUAGUAGGAGACGAGAAUAUGAGAGGAUCAAACUUAUGGACGAGGAGUUGAAGAAGGAGAAAGACGAGUUGGAGUUUAAUAAGGCGAGGGAAGAGGCUAGACGGAAGGACGAGGAGAAGACAGAGAAAAAUAGAAAGAAGAGAGAGAAGAGGAAGAAGACGAAGGGGAAGAAAGGGAAGACCGGCGUGGAGGAUGGAGGGGAGGUGGUGGCUGAUCAGGAGAUGGCUGCUAAUGGAGCUGCAAAGGGUACUUCGGCGGAUGGGGUUACUGGCCAGGAAGCUAAGGUGGAUGGAUAUGACAACGGCGAGGUUCCUGGUGUCAUAAUCCACGAUGAGGAUUGA